AUGAAAGGCACACCCCCGGUGGAGAAGGCAGGCGCUGCCCGCGUAAGCGCGGACGAAGAAGACGCAGCCAAGGCGCCGGCUGCGCGCAAGGCGGAACACGAGAGGGGGACAAACGAUGAACCACAAGAGAAUCGAGAAGAAGUCGAAGAGCGUGAAGGCCGAAAAGGGGAAGCGGAAGACGAAGAAGACGAAGAAGAGGAGAACGACAAAUUCCACGCUCAUGGAUUUAAGGUCCAGGGCUACCUGGCGCUUACGACCACAAACCAGUCGCUGUGUGAUUGUGGAUGUACCUUUGUUGAAGGCGUGAGAGUCCGCCUGCUCCGCAAUGACGAUCGCGCACCGCGGCUUAUAUUCGGGGCGACGGACGCCAGCCAUCACCGAUUCGAGAUAGCUGGACACGAGGGGCAACCACUGAAGCAGUUGCGAUCUUCGAUCUCGGUACGCCGCCACGACAAACAGAACCUCGGAAUCUUUCUCACAGGCCCCCCCGUCAUCUGGGUCUUCUCCCUCUUCGUCUCUAUCGUCUUCUUCACCUUCGCGUUCAUCUCCUCCCUGUCCCGCUUCUUCUGCUUUGCUUUGGGUCUCCUCUUCGCUUCUCUGGCCUCAUGUGGCUGUACGCCUGCGGCCGCGGGCGAGUUGGGCGAGUUCUCUCGUGAGCGGUCGAGACAGACUCCGUUUUCAGAGGAGACAGACGGAGAUUCUCUGUCGCAGGUGCGCCGUCCUCCUUCUCCUGGCGAGAUGUCGUCGACGCACGUGAACCGCGGGCAGAGACGUCCGGCGCGGUCUGGCUUUCCUCUGGGCGACGAGGCGACGCACCACCGGCGAGUGGUGGAGUCUUGCGAAAUCGAAAGACGCGGCCUCGAUAUGUCGCCGCCCUCGGGCGAAACCUUCCUAAGCCUUCCAGAUCGGGCUUCCCUGGACAGGCGGAAGCCGGAAGGAGAUUUGCCUCCGCAGACCGCGCGUCCCCUUCACGGAGCAGCGAAGAAGACGAGGCUGCGAGAGCGGCCGAGGAAACGGAGGCACAAGAUAGAUGAUUGGAACACAGAACCAGAGGAAGGGAAGAUGGAACUGCUUGUCGCGCUGCCGGCGAAAGCUGCGUUCGACAUCGGGCAUGGCCGCAUGUUUUACUCGUCUCCGCAACGCCCGUGCGAGAAGCCUGGCCUUCUCCAUCUUUUCCUUUUCUUCUCCACUUUGAAUGUCGUCUUUGGCGGUCCCGUCUCGCUCUUCUGCUCGCGGCUGUCGGCGCCAGUGUGCGCAAGCACGGUCGAGCAACAGCAGAAAAUGAGGGAAGCAAAAGAACGCGAGAAAGAGAGAACGAGAGGAAAGGCGGGUCCAAACGCGGCGCAGACCGAAGGCAUGGAAGACGCGUCGCAGCGCCUCAACGAGCUGUCAGCCUUUCAGCCGUCUGUCCACGAUCAUUCUUCUCCUCGCGUUUCUGCCUCCUCUUCUUCUUCCCCCUCGUGCUCUACUUCCUCUCCGGCGUCGAGCGCUGCCUGGCAAACGCGAGAACUGUGGUACUGGAAGGCAUCAGAGGAUCUCCGUGAACUCGAAGAUCGACAGGCGUCUCUGAUGAGAGAGAGGGACAAGGAAGAGACCGACGUCCAUGCUCUGUUGAAACGCACGCUCUCCGAACCCUACAGUGUCUAUACACUUCGCUACUUCCUCGAAGGAUGGCCCGAACUAACCAUCCUAGCGUACGACGGCCAAAUCUGUGCAGGCGCGUGCAUGUGCAAAAUCGACGAGAAGGAGCGAAUCUCCUCCGUUUCUCUUUCGCCCAUCGACUCUUGCGUUCCGGCCGACACUCCCGACACAGAGGCCUUCGACGACGACUUCUCGCUUCCUCCGGUAGCGAAGGCCCGCGGCGGCGGAUCGCCAGACGCUGAAUCCUCGCAACUGCCGGGGAGCGCGAGAAAAGCGGGCGUGCACUGGACAGCCUUUGCAAAGCGACAGGAGAGUGUCAGGAAAGGGUACAUCGCCAUGCUGUCUGUACACCCCAACUACCGGCGGCGGGGCCUCGCGACAACUCUCGUUCAGACGGUGUUGGAGGAAAUGCAGAAGAGACAUCCAGCUGAGACCGCGAGCGACGAGACGCAGCCGACGCCGCGUGCGGCCUCGAACGCUCUUGACCCCCGUGCGUCUCCUCGAAACUGGCAAGCACCGCAGACCUCAGAGGCCGAGCCUGCGGAGACAGAAGCGAAGAAAAAAGCGGGAAAAAUGGUGAACUGCCGCAUCGAAACAGAAGUUCCGAAUGCGGGAGCGCUCCGGCUGUACGAGUCUCUCUCCUUCGUGAGAGUCGCGCGCAUGCCGCGGUUUUAUUUAGACGACAAUGACGCGUUCAAGCUGUCGAGAUCCUUCGAGGACGAGCAGCCUUGCCUCGCGAUGUGGAAAGAAGAAGAAGCAGCGGCCAGCAGGGAGAAAAGACUCCACAACAUCCUCAAGGAAUCUACAUGUUGGUGGUAA